ACGACAUUCACCAUGCCUACCAUCCCUGUUGACAAGCAAGAUCUCUAUGACCUCUUGGGCCAGAGUUACACCACUGAGGAGUUCGACGAAUUGUGCUUCGAAUAUGGUUUGGAACUUGACGAAGACACCACUGACGAUUGUCAGCCUGGAGAGAGACCUCAGUUGAAGAUUGAGGUCCCAGCCAACAGAUACGACUUGUUAUGUAUCGAAGGGAUUGCCCAGGCCUUAAAUGAGUUUUUAGGAAGAGCCGAGGCCCCAAAGUACACCUUGAAGCCAUCGAGUCCUAUAGUUACUUUGACUAUUAAGGAAACCACUGCAGGUGUUCGUCCAUAUGCUGCUGGAGCCAUCUUGAGAAACAUCAAGUUUGACCAGCGUCGUUAUGAGUCUUUCAUUGCCUUGCAAGACAAGUUGCACUCGAACAUCUGUCGUAACAGAACACUUGUAGCUAUUGGUACUCACGACUUGGACACUUUGAGUGCUCCUUUCACGUAUGAAGGUUUGACCCAUGAAGAUAUCAGCUUUGUGCCUUUGAACCAGGAAAAGUUACUUAACGGUAAACAAUUGAUGGAGUUCUACGAUAAGGACAAGAACAUUGGCAAGUACUUGCACAUCAUCAGAGACAACGACAGAUACCCUUACAUGUUGGACUCCAACAGAACCGUAGCCUCUUUGCCUCCCAUCAUCAACUCGAAUCACUCCAAGAUUACAUUGGACACCAAGAACGUCUUUAUUGACAUUACAGGAACUGACAGAACCAAAACGGAUAUUGUUCUUAACCAGGUCGUAGCCAUGUUUUCUGCCUACUGUGAGACACCUUUUGAAAUUGAACCUGUUCAGGUAAUAAGUGAACAUAACGGAGAAUCACGUAUUACUCCUAAUGUCACACCAAGAUUGGCACAGGCAGAGAUUGAAUACAUCAAUUCAUGUACUGGUUUGAACUACGAUGCCCAGGGCAUCUGUGACUUGUUGAAGAAGAUGUCUCUUGUUGCCAAGCCAUCUUCUACUAAAGGACUUAUUGACGUAGAGAUUCCCAUCACCAGACCAGACGUUUUGCACCAAUGUGACAUUAUGGAAGACGUUGCUGUCGCCUACGGCUUCAACAAGUUGACAAAGACAAAGCCACAAAGUGAGUCUUUAGUUGCUUCUCCAUUACCAGUGAAUAAGAUCUCUGACAUCUUGAGAUUGGCCUCGUCACAAUCGGGUUACUUAGAAGUGUUGCCUCUUACGUUGUGUUCUCACGACGAAAAUUUCAAGUUUUUGAGAACUGUGGACGACAACACUAGAGCCGUCAAGUUGGAAAACCCCAAGACCGUAGAGUACCAAGUAGUCAGAACCACGUUGUUGCCAGGUAUCUUGAAGACAAUAAAGGAGAACAGAAAGCAUUCUUUGCCUAUCAGAGUCUUUGAGGCCGGCGAUAUCGUUUUGAAGAACCCAGAGUUGGAAAGAGGUGCCUACAACCAACGUAACUGGUCAGCUAUCUACGCCGGAAAGACGUCUGGUUUCGAGUUUGUGCAAGGUUUGUUGGGCAAAAUAAUGCAGACUAUGAGAACUCCCUGGUUAGAAAACCCCAAGGAAAACAAGAGCAGAGGCUACUGGAUAGAAGAAGACAAAGAAAACCCUACCUUCUUCCCUGGCAGAGGUGCCAAGGUUUUCUUUAGAAACGCCGAAGGUGCUGCAGAACAAGAAAUUGGUGCCAUUGGUGUUUUGCACCCAGAGGUGAUGACAGCAUUUGAGAUUCCUUAUGCUGCUUCAUCUGUGGAAAUCAACGCUGAAGUAUUCUUGUAGGGUAUAGACCAUUAAUGUACAGAGAUAUAAACU